AUGGCCCUCACGCAGACAGUCACUAUCAUCAACAAUUCGGGCAAGAUUAUAAGUACCGGAAAACACCUGGCCGGUAUCUUCAAAGAAGCCAAGGCUUCCUACCAGGAGAAAAAGGCGGCCAUCAAGGCCGACCGGGAGGUUCUGAAGCGCGCCCAGACCUUUGAUACUUCUCGCGAUCUCCCUCCCGAAGCCUUUGAUCGCCGCUACUCGCACGACGAUGGCCGCUCUGUCGCCAGCUCCAGGAGAAGUCAUCGAUCGAGACGCUCCCAGUCAAGCCACCGCGAUGUCGAGUACUAUCCACGUUCGAGACCUGCUCUGACCGAGAACAACCUCAAGACACAUUCCGAAGUCUCCAGCUUCACGCCAUCAAGAGCGCCUCCCUCUGCAUACCGUGCUCCUUAUGCCGAAACGGCUCCCCGCGAUGUGGCUUUGAGCCGCCCGACCUUGCCGCAUUACACCACCGCCCCGUCUUGCAGCGACAGUCUCGCAGACUCGGCAACAAUCCGUGGAUCCAUGGUUCCCCGUACCAUGUCCGCGCCUGUUAUACCCAAGGGUCGCAAAGAGAAGGAAAUCGAUAUGGACCUCGCAUACGGCAACAUUCCUCCCGAUCUGAAGGAUCGCACUGAUCUGGAUCCCCUGACCAAGGAGAAGGAGGCUAAGACACUCAUCUCCAGGGUCGAGGGACUCCUCGACGAAGCCAAAUGCGCACACCACUCCGCGACCGCUACCAUCGCUCAUCUGCAAGGAAAUCCCGAUGCCGCCGCCGCUGUUGCCUUGACGCUAGCGGAAUUGUCCACGCUCUUGAAACAGAUGUCGCCUGCCUUCUUAUCUGUGAUCAAAGGAGGCUCGCCGGCCGUGUUUGCGCUUUUGGCAUCGCCUCAAUUUCUCAUUGCCGCCGGUGCAAGUAUCGGCCUCACGGUAGUCAUGUUCGGCGGGUGGAAGAUUGUGAAGCAGAUAAAGGACGCCCAGGCCCAGAAACAGGCAGCUAUCGCCAACGCAAUGGCCUUCGAGGCACAACCCGCACCACAGGCCAUCGAGUAUGCACAGCACGAUCAGUACGACCAGUACGACCAGUAUGACCCCUACCAGCAGCCACGGGAGGGAAGCGUGCGGGAAGGGAGCGUCCGCGAGGGGAGCGUUGCCUACGACGAGGCAUAUGUUCUUGAUCCUCGACUUGACGAGGAGCUUAGCUCCAUCGAGAGUUGGCGCCGCGGGAUCGCCCCUGCAGGUGAUGAUGAGAGUGUUGAUAUGGAGCUCAUCAGCCCUGAGGCCGCGCGUUCGAUGCUUGGAGACGACACCCGUACUGAGCGGAGUUUCCGGACACAACGCAGUUCCAAGACGCACCGCAGCUCGAGGACGGAGAGGACCGAGAGGUCGGAGAGGUCGCACCACUCAUCUAGGUCGCAUCGCAGCAUCCGCGAGUCCGAGGUGCCCGAACGCAAGAGCAGUGUUGCAAGGUCCGAGGCUGCGAGAUCUGAAAGAGACGCCGAGAGUGUCGCCAGCAGCCACCGAAGUCACCGCAGCUCUGCUUCCAAGCGCAGUACACGCGCGCCGACACUAGCAAUUGAGGACGGCAGUCGCCAGAAGGAAGACGAGGCUAUCGAAGCGGUUCUCCGACCCAAGAAAAACAACAUGCUCAAGUCCCUGUUCAAGAAGAAGGAGAAGGAGCACAGAGAUAGAGAUGAAAGGGUUUCUGCUCUGGUGUUCUAG